CUAAACCAAUACACUGUACUAUCACAAGCUUGCUACAAUACAGCACAAGCAAAAGUCUCAAUUUCCCGGCGUAGAACCGACCUCGCAGGAAACGCUGGUGCUGUUGUAUGUGCUGAAUAGUUGAAUUACCGCUGGGCGCUUUCACAGAGCCCUGCACUGCUCUUGACACCGAAAGCCUGGGCGGGGCCCCCACGCCCUACAGCGCCAAUUUAGCUGCACUUCAAGUGAUUUGAAGGACUGUUUUCAAGCGUUCGGAGCUGCUGCGACGGCGCGCAUUGUGCGGUGCCAUUGCCGCUGCAACCCGGCCGCUGAGCGCUGGCGCAGGCUGACGCUGCGGAUGCGCACGUAGAGUUCGUGCUCAUUAUGCACCUAAACAUGUCGGAGCCAACCGUUAGCCCUCGGCCAACAGUGCCUGAGGCGAGCCGCGGCCCUGUCGUAGGAACGCGCAUGUCGGGUUCGCAUUCCAGCAGCGGCACGGACGAUGAGGUAUCGUUGGGUGUCGGCACGCAUGCGAGCAAUAGUACAGCGCGGCAAGACACGGGCGGUGUGAGCAGCAGCGACGUUAAAGCCGCCGCGGUUGCGGUGACCCCUUUCAAGUUGCCGCCGCGCCUGCGUGACCGGGGCGCCGGCAGCGGCACCAGUCGCAGCGCAGCGCGCAUCGUCGCCCAGGAUGCGGUGAUGUUGCUCGCGCAGCUCCUCUUCUUCAUCAACCACGUCCGGCGCCUGCUGGACGCUUGCGUCUGCGAGGGGCAGGCCGACCUGCUCACCCCACUGGCCGGCUACCCCUGCGCCGCCUCGCUCCGCGGCCGCAUCGCCUUCCUCAUAUUCCAGCCCCGCGGCACGCUGCGCACGGUGCUGCAGCUGCCGCCCGGCGAGCUGUGGGUUCCGCUGGUGACCGCGGUGAUGCUGGCGCAGCUGCUCGCGCUGCUGCUGCUGCCACGGCGGCUGUACGCGUCCGGCCCUCGCUGGGUCUGCAUCCCGCUGGUGGGGCUGCUGCCCAAGGCCGCCAGCCUGGCCUCGUUCCUGGCCUUCCCCGGCGCGCGGCUGAGCAGCUACUUCGGCACCUACCUGCCGCUAGAGGGUGCCAUCACGCUGUGGCAGCAGGCCGUGUACAACUACUCGUUCUGGCCGGGCAUGGUCGUGUUGCUGGCGCACUGCUCGCUGUCCACCGCCAUCUGCGUGGUGGUGGGCGCCACACCGGCGGGCCGGCAGCUGUUCAGCGCGCCCUGGGUGCUGGCCCAGACCUACGCCUGCGCUGUGCUGGCUGCGGCACUGUCGCUACAGCAAAGCCUGCACACGGCGGCGGCUCGCUCGGGCCCCGGGGGACCUGCGGCCCCCCAGCAGCAGGGGGCCGCGAAGGCGGUGGAUGAGGGCGCCACGACCUUGCAGCGCUGGGGCAGCGGCACAGCGUCAGCGCCUCCGACGGCGGAUGUGUCGCCGGUCACGCAGGCGGAGGAGACGAGCCCGGCGGUUUCACGCCGGCGCAGCCUGAGCCAGGUCGGCUCCGCUUUGAUGCAGAAGCUGGCUUGGGUGCUGGGUGCGCAGUCGGGCGGCAGUGGCGCGGAGCCCUGCAGCGGUGCCUGCAGCUGCAGCCGCAGCCCGUGCGGCGUGGGCAGCCUGGCGUCGUCGAUCCUGUCCUCCGCCACCACCUCUGAGGCCCCAAGCGCCGCCGGCAGCGGCAGCCACACUGCUGCCGUCAGCCUCGCCAAGGCCACGGGCGCGACCGCUGCUACGGCCGCGGCUGAGGGGUACACCCCCCAUAGUGGCUCGGCACGCAGCAGCGCGACCUCUUCGCGACCCAACUCCACUGAAAUGGCUUUGGCAAUGCUGGCGGCACAGGCCAUCACGCCAGUCCAGUACCCCGCCGCCGCCUUGCGCCCCACGCCCGCACCCAUAGUGUCUCAACCCGCACUUCCGCCGCUGUACCAGCCCCAGCCGCCCGUCUCCAUCGCCGCCGCGGCGACGGCUGCCGCCGCCGCGCGUGCCGCCAAGGCGGCCGCCAAGGAGCGCAAGGCCGCGAUGCUGCCGCCGGCGGUGGGCGCGUUCAGCCUUAAGCAGCCCACCGGACUCAGCAAGUGGACUAUCGUGGAGGACAAGGAGUUCCAGGCGCCGGCGCCGCCCAGCGCCAAUCUGGCGCUGGCCAGCUCGCUGGACGCCAUCAACCGCCUCUCCACACGCAGCGGCCGCUUCGCGCGCUACCGCUCCAGGGCGCCCAUGCAGCGCGUGUACAUGAAGGUGCCGUGGGCCGAGCCGGAGCAGCUGCCGGGCAACUUCCUGGAGCGGCUCAACAUGGCGCUGAGCGAGGGCGUGGACGUGAUGGCGGUGGGCGUGGCGGCGCGCGCCGGCUGCAUCGAGCUGGUGAUUGACGUGGUGCCGCGCCCAGGAGGUGCGUUUGACAGCGCUGGCGAGCUCACGCCCGCCGACCGCACGGCGCGCGCGCAGCUGCUGCUGCAGGCCGUGGACGCCGCCGACGUGGCCGCAGAGCACCAGCUGCAGGCGCUGCUGCUGGACUCGCACAGCAUGCUGGAGGAGGCGGUGCUGGGCGGGCUGCUGAGCGACGCCGACCCGUCCUCCUGGGUGGAGACGCUGCACCUGCAGCCGCCGCCCGACUCGGAGGUGCUCACGCAGGCGUGCGGCAGGGUGUGGGUGAGCCGCUGGGACGCGGCCAACCGUCAGUGGGUGCCGGAGCGCGUGGGCGGCAUCCGCCCCAGCGAGCUGCCGCGCAUCACCGCGCUGGAGCCACCCUGCAUCCUGCACGCCCAUCCGCAGCAGCGCCGCGGCGGCUCCGUGCGGCCGCCCGCCGCCAGCCUGCACGUGACCGUCUCCAACGCCGAGAGCGCUCCGGCCUUCUCCGCGCGCUGCCGCGGCCGCUACCUUCCUGUGGUGCAGCACCAGCCCCUUCGCUCGCUGGCGACCUCGGGCGGCGUGCCCAGCGCCAACGCGUCGGAGAGCGGCGGCAGCGCGGGGAGCUCGGCCUCGCGUCUGGCGCGAGUGGCUGCGGACGCGAUGGUGGCGGGCGCCGACGAGGUGCCGAAGGGGGCAGCGCCAGGGCCGGGGCCGGCGGUGGUGCAGGUGGAGCUGCAGGCGGGGCUGCCGCGCAACGGGCUGGUCAUUGUGGAGUGCAAGGUUGGCAAGCUGCUGUCAAAUUGGCGGCCGGUGAUGGUCACGGACGACCCCGCCCUCGCCGCCGAGGUAUACAGCCUCUUCUCUAGCAGCGCCACCGCCACCGCCUCGAGCGAGUCGGUGGCAUCUGACGACGGCAACGACGACCAGGUGACACGUGACGACCUGCUGACCGACCUGGGGCUGUGGCUGGACUACAUCGAGGUCCUCGGCCUCACCGGCUCCACCACCGCCGCCGCCACACCCGUGGACAGCAGCGCGCACCUGGACGGAGCCGUGCUGGACGACGCCACCGCGGCCGGCGGCCCCGGCGAGCCCGCCGGCCCCGGCGCCCUCAUCAACAGCGGCAACCUGCCCGCCGCCGUCGCGAAGGCAGUUAAGGCGGCGCACGCCGUGGUGGUGGCCGCCGAGGCCGCGGGCGGCGCCGCGCUGCCGCCGCACCUGCCGGCGCUGGGCGGCGCCGCGGGCGCGGCGGCGGCGGUGGGGCCGCUGGCGCGGCAGCCCGGCUCGCUGGACUUCGGCGGCGGCCUGGCGGCGCUGUACGGCACGCCCUGCUACCGCAGCCACAUGGCCGGCAUCGCCGUGACACUGCUGGAGUUCGCGGUGGACCGCGGCUGGACACACACCACCGGCAUGCUGGUGUCGCAGCUGCUGGCGAGCGGCGUGGGCUGGGACGAGGUGCUGGGCCGCUGCAGCGGAGGCCUGACGCUGCUGCACCGCGCAGUGCGGUCCGGCCACGCGGGCAUGGUGCAGCUGGUGGUGGCGUUGGGCGAGGCGCACGGCACGCCCUUCGAUUGGCAGGCGGUCAGUGUGGACCAGGGGGACGGCGGCGAGGGCACCGGCGCGGAGGGCGUGACGCCGCUGCACCUGGCGGCGGCGCUGCCGGACGGCGGCCGCCUGGCGGAGCGCAUCCUGUCCGAGUACCAGGCGGCCUGCCAGCUGUGGGCGGUGGCCACCGACAGCCACGGCACGCGGCCACUGGACUGCGCCCGCGCCUCGGGCCACGUACACCUGGUCGCCGGCGGCACCACCUGGAUGCGCACCAACACAAAUGCCUUCGGCAUAACUGCCGACGCCCGCCGCACGGCGGCGCCCGGCGCCGCGCCCGCGCCCAUGCCCGCCGCCACUGGCGCCGGCGACCGGUGCCCGCCAUCGAUGGCAACAGUGGCCGCGGCGGCAGGCGGCGGCAGCGGCAACUUCAACCCCUCCGACGGCAGCUCUUAUGGAGCCUCCACUGCCUCCAACGCAUACAGUGACAUGUCCUCAUCCGUCGCUAAUGGCUCCCUGGAGACCUCGCGGAUGCCCACGGGCACCCCCACCACCAACGCCGCGGGAACGCUGGUCGGCAACUCGCCCCUGGGCUCGCCCAUGCCGUUCGUGCGCAGCAUUUCCACCGAGCCCGCCGCCGACUUCAGCGGCGCUGCAGCCGCCGCCUCCGCGGCGGCGGUGGCAGCGCCGGCCGGCAAAACGGCGGACGCCGCCCGCCAGGGCAGUGGUAUGAUUGGGCUGCUGCGGGAGCUGCCGGCGGCACUGCGCGCGCCGUUUGUAAAUGACGGCGUGAGUGAGUGCUGCUACGUGUGCGCUGUGGGCGCUGCAUACGUGACCUGGAGCUGCUGCUACCUGGUGUAUCAGAUCUGCAUGGUGACUGGCGUCGCGGGCCGCAUGGUGAAGGAGACGCGCGCGCAUGAGAUGACGGGCAUGCUCAUCUUCUUCACGCCGCACGUGCUGUCGGCCGUGCUGCUGUGCGUCAACUACGCCGCCUGGCUGCGCCGCCGCGAGGCGCUGGUGGUGGCAGUGACGCUCACACGCAGCAGCGCCAAGCUGCUGCCGGUGCUGGGGCUGCUGCCGUACCCGCACUCCUCCACCACCUACAUGACGUGGGCGAUGGAUGUGCUGGUAGAGGGUCUGUCGCCGGCCUUUUUCGAGCAGAUGCGCGGCCCCCUGGCGCUGGCGGUGCGGUGUGUGGAGGGCGUGGCCACCGGCCUGUUGUACCACCGCCUGGGCGUAAUGGCGUCGUUGCCUGGGGCCCUGGCCUAUGCGCUGUCGUGGACGCUGGGCAGCGGCCUCCUUACCGCGCUGCUGGACGUUCGCAACCGCUCGCUGAUGUCACGCGGCCGGCUGCGGCCGGUGGUGGUGGGUGGCGCGGCAGCGCGCGCGGCGGCCUUGCCGGGCGGCCAGGAGAAGGGCGGCGGCACGGCGGAGUUUCCGGCGAAGAAGCUGGAGUGAGAAUUGGCGUGGCUUUGCGAUGGGAUGGAAGGUUAAGGAUGGGUGUGCGCGUGCAGGCGCGCGAGACUGCGCAUGCGUGCAUGUCGCACGGGAACUAUUGUCUUGCGUUCGGCGGGAUGAAACGCGCGAGCACGGAUGUUGUAUGGUCAUGUUGCUCGCAUUCGCUGGCGCCUGCCGAAAAGCACCAAUUACAACACGCAUGAGAGGAUACCAGGCUAUGCAUGCAGGAAGUGUGAGGUCGUUCGCACGUGCAAAGGGUCAUACUACGCGAGAUUCGCCGCCAGAACGCGUUCCUUGUUCAUCAAAGCCAGUCACCGCCCUGACUCUGAUCCUGACCGGUGCUGCCACGGUGCUGUCAUUGCGGCUGUGGGGUGUCCUGAAUUGCUGUCUGUUGCAGGAUGUGUCAGGGUGAAGUUUUCAUUUUCAUCCGCAUAUGCCGUACAGUAAGGAAGUAAUGCAGGGGCUUGGCGACUGUGGAGCGCGCCGGGCCCCGGCCCUUCCAUCCAGCAGGUAAUGACAUGGUGAAUGACCCAGGCUGCUGCACAGCGGACCUCGUGCCGGGCAGCUGAACGCCAUUCUACAUCACCUGAAUCUUGGUCUAGGACGAACUUGCAUCAUAUUCUUGUCGCUGCUAGACAGGGCUCCAUGUCUCUAUACGCUGGCAGAAGGGCACCCCAGGUGGCGCGGAAACGCGUGCCCCUGGCCGGGGGCCCCCUCAAUGGAAACUUUGGAGAAGAAUCCACACUCUGGGGUGCCUGUCGAUGCCCCCAUGAUAGACGUACGAAGGAUACGCUCAGGCUGAUUACUGUACACGCGAGAAUAGGUUCCGCAGCUCGCUAUGCCUGCGUAUGAGUAAGCGCACAGCGAAGUUUUACGGUGGAGAUUGGCACGCCGGGAAUAAGGUGGAAGUCCACAGGAGAGCCCAUUGGGUCUUUGGCGGCGGUGGUCACAGCCGAUUGGGGCGUGUGGCGGCGGGUUUGGGUGGAGAGGCGCAGGGUAUGAGUGCAUCAGAUGUGGGCAGCGUGAAGCGCGUGGUGCUGGUAUUCAUGGACACGUGUUCAAAUUGUUUUACGCUAGUUGGAGUUGAUUGCCUAACCAUACUAGCUUGUUUAGGUAGUGAAUGCAUGUGCAUACCGUGUGCACUCGAAGCGGUUCACUGGUAGUCGGCUCCCCGGCACCCGUGUGAAGCCGAUUGGUACUGCUGCAUGCGAGGCCAUACCCGGACACACCGGAGAGCGUGGCGGCACUAUGAGCACCCGCUGCACAUGCAUCAUCAAUUGAAUGCGUGGGGCUGUGCCAACAACGCAUUGGGGAGAGCGCGGUGGGGUUAGCCCUGCCCCUGCCCCAGCAGCACGACCGCGCAUUGCUUACGGGGGUUUUGCUCAGGUCAGGGCCAGAGGCACGUAGUGUGUUCUGACGUGCAAAUGGUUCCUGAGGCAUCUAGGUAUGGCACUAGCGUGCGCAGGGAUUUAUCUGCUAGUCCCCGUUCAUACUUUGUUGCUUGUGCUUACGGCCGUAAGCAGAGGCCAUGCAUCCUGUAGUGAUUUUAUACCAAGUGUCGGGCGCUGAGACGUCUGGGCGCAAUAGGCGACAUUGUGUGUGCAUGAUAGAAACGCUCGACGGGAGAGGAUGGGCUCUGUGUGUGGGAGUGCACAGUUUGCAGGCGCCCGUGGUCUACGUUUUACCGCAAAGGCGAGGCGAAGGAGCUUCACAUGCUUACCCGCGUCGGUCCCCAUUGCACGGCAGUUGUAAGCCCAAUGUCGCCUGGGUCUGACGCCGUUUCAAUUGCUGGCCCUACCGUGCCAGGUAUAGCCCAGACAAACUUCUUUAACUUCGUGUGCGAAUGGUGUGAGGCGGGAUGCCCCCGGUCGGUCUGUCAGAGCACAACUUUGGCCUACUGCUGCCUCGCCGCGAAAGGUGGUCUGGACAGAUGAAGAUGCGCAAGUGAUGAUGAUGAUGUGUUACAGGGUUGGAAGUGUGCAUUCCUGAACCUGUAACGAGACUAACUA